AUGUCUCCGCCUGCGCUGCUCCUGUCCAUCAUCACUGCGCUGUCUCUUCUUGGCCGUGUGUGGAACAACUCAGUGUGCAAUAACGAUUGCUGCCGCUUCGUGGAGGGCUUCCCUGUCAGACUCAGAGAACUGAGACAGCACUUCUCCCACAUAAGAGACUACUAUGAAGCCAACGACGACUUGGACACAGCGCUGCUGGACCAGAACGUUCUUAAUUACUUUAAUAGCCCAUAUGGCUGCCAUGCCAUGAACAGCUUACUUGACUUCUACCUGAGGACGGUUUUGCCAGGAGCCCUGGCUGCAGUGACGGAGGAAAACAAACACUUCAAGCAUCGUGUGGAGUCUAUACAGCAGAUCUUCGACGAGCUCAAAAGAGAUGUCAUUAAAUGCAGAAAUUACUUCUCCUGCCAGCGCCCCUUUGACAUCAAAGACUUCAACUCCACUUACACUGAGAUGGAGAGUAAAGGUCUUUACAAGGCCAUGGGCGAGCUGGACCUGUUCUUUAACUACAUAGAGACAUACCUGGCUUCCAAACGACAGACACAAUAAGCUGGUCUCCCCUCAAAGACAUACAGACUCUACCCAGGACCUUAUUAAUCUCAGGAAAAAGACAAUAGUCUCUUGUUUACUUUUGAAGAACAGAUUUUUAUGAGUGUUGCUCGAUGUUGCUUUACUUACCUGAGACUGUUGAACUGCUGUUUGGGUGUCUCAGGCUUAAAUAUACGUUUUGUCCUGAGGACAAAUUUCUUUUGGCUCAUAUUGACCCUAACCCUAACCCUAACCCUACCCAUGCACAGCUACUGUUUGUUAACUGCACUGCACUGCACUGUGAAAUUACCUCUGUCAGAA